AGGUUCACUGCUAAGCCACAUUCGCCUCGGGAUCCAUCCCAGUUGGUAUUCUGUUUCCACUCGUGGUCUCUCUCUUCGGUUACACAUCCAUGGAAUAGCAGGACAGAAUAACGGUCCGGACGGCCCUUGCUGUGCCUGGUGAGCCGUUGGUCAAGUUCUGCUGUCAGAAGAGGAAUGGAAAUGUCAGGGUGAACCGACGACCUGAUGAACCCACCAGGGUCAUCCGGGCAACACCCCCUGGUCCAGAAUCAGACUGUGACAGAAGGCAGGACGGCCAUCAUGACCUGUAGAGUAGAAUACAAUGACCAGACGUCCCUCCAGUGGUCCAACCCCACACAGCAGACACUCUUCUUCGGGAACAAGAAAGCUCUGAGAGAUAACCGCAUAGAGCUGGUGAGAGCGUCGUGGUCAGAGCUGACCAUUAGUAUCAGUGAGAUCACACUGGCUGACGAGGGGAUGUACACCUGUUCUCUAUUCACCAUGCCUGUCAAGACCGCCAAGGCCUACCUUACUGUACUGGGGGUGCCAGAGAAGCCAGAGAUAGACGGUUUGACCAAGCCUGCCCUGGAGGGAGAUGAGAUCACUCUGACCUGUAUGACCCACGGCUCCAAGCCUGCUGCCAACCUCCGCUGGUUCAGGAACGAGAAGGAGAUCAAAGGUGCCAAGGAGGUGAAUGCCAGUGGAAAGACCUUCACAGUGACCAGUUCUCUACAGCUGCUAGUUGACAGGGACGAUGAUGGGGCAGCGUACACCUGUAAAGUAGACCAUGUCGCCCUGUUACAGACACCACAACAGACUACUGAAGUAUUGGAGGUGCACUAUGCUCCUCGUGUGUUGAUCACCCAGUCGCUGACGUUCCCUCAGGAGGGUCAGUACCUGAAGCUGGAGUGUGUAUCAAAGGGAAACCCAUCGCCAGACCCUGUGUUGUGGACUAAGGAUGGAGGAGAGCUACCAGACCUGGAGAGAAUGAUCGUGCAGGGAAGAGAACUCACCUUUUCCGCCCUUAACAAGACAGACAAUGGCACCUACCGCUGUGUGGCCUCCAACCACCUAGGCACCAGCAGUGCAGAAUACAUACUCUACGUCUACGAUCCCAACGCCAUGGGGCAGCGCGGACCAGACCAUGCUCUGAUUGGUGGAGUGGUGGCGGUGGUGGUCUUCGUUACCUUGUGUCUAAUCAUCUUUUUGGGCCGCUACCUAGCCAGGCAUAAAGGAACGUACCUGACCAACGAGGCCAAAGGAGCGGACGAUGCACCGGAUGCUGAUACAGCUAUCAUCAACGCAGAGGGCAACACACAUGCUGAGGGGAAGAAGGAGUACUUUAUCUAGACUGUAGAGGGCGCUCUGAUCCGCUGCCCCAAAACGUGCUGAGGAGAAGAAGGAGUACUUUAUUUAGAUUGGUCUGCUGCCCCCUCUUUCUCUCUAUUUCUCUUUAUCUAACUCUCCCUCUAUCUCCUUAUCUCUCUAUCUAUCUCUUUCUCUUCACCUCUCUCUCUUUCUCUUCAUCUCUCUCUCUCUCUCUCUUUCUCUUCAUCUCUCUCUCUCUUU